AGGGAAAAGUAGAUAUGAGCGGCUUCUAUGUCAAAGUUCUUGUAGUAGAAGCCUAGUUGGAGUAUUUAAGAUGUUUCAUUUCUAAUUUCUUCACAAAGCUAAAGCAUUGCACAUUUUCCUUUUCCCGCGCUCUAAAAACACUCCUAUUUCCCCAUUACUUCCAUAAUUUAUGUUACAUAUAAAUAUCCUUGGUUUAUGGUUGAAAGAACAAAAGGUGUGCGAUGGAAACCAUGAAAGCAAAAUCAGCACUGAACAACAGGAGCAAGAAACUGGCCAAGACAUUCCAGAAGGUCCGAAGUGCAACCAACAAUGGGAUCUGCAUGCUCAACUCCCACCUCAAAGUGAAGGAGGAUCUCUUCACCCACAGCAAGCCCAAAAACAGACCCGUCAUGGAGGCUGAUCAGGCUCUCAUAGCAAGGCUCUUCGCCGGAGUCACCACCAUAAAAGCCGCAUACGCCGACCUCCAAAUGGCCCAACACCCUUACAACAACGACUCCAUCCAGGCCGCCGAUCAAGCCGUCGUGGACGAGCUCCGAGCCAUAUCGGACCUCAAGCGAAAGUUCUUCAAAAAAGACCUCCACCUUUCACCCCAAGUCACCAUCAUGCUCGCCGAGAUUCAAGAACAACAGAGCCUCAUGAAGACCUACCAAAUCACCAUCAAGAGGCUCCAAGCCGACCUUGACGCAAAGGACGCUACCAUCUCCAACUUGAAAAAACAUCUAAACGACUGCGUUUCCUUCAACAAAACACUCCACAAGAAGCUCAACUCCAGCGGCGCCUUGUCACUCUUGGAUACCCUCACGCUUUCCGCCCUCAGCCCAACCCACUUCCUUCACUUCCUCCACCACACUCUCCGUUCCGUCAGAACCUUCUCCAACCUCAUCAUCACGGAGAUGGAGUCUGCUCAUUGGGAUCUCGAAGCCGCCGUCAAGUUCAUCCACCCCAACGCGCUCUUCGCCAAUCCCACUCACAAACCCUUCGCCUUUGAAUCCUUUCUCUGCAUAACCAUGUUCGAAUCCUUCGCCCUCCACGACCCACACAUCAAACACUCGCAAGCCCAAAACUUUGACAACUUCAAAAGGCUCAAGUCUCUCAACCCCAAACAGUGCUUGACCCAAGACCCAAACUCCUCCUUCUCCAAGUUCCUCAAAUCCAAGUACCUCCAAGUGGUGCACGCCAAAAUGGAGUGUUCCCUUUUCGGCAACUUGAACCAGAGGAAGCUCGUCAACUCUGGGGGGUACCCUGAUUCCGCUUUCUUCGUCGCCUUCGCCGAGAUGGCUAAGCGCGUCUGGACACUGCACUGCUUGGCGAUGUCGUUUCGCCAUGAUGUUACCGUUUUUCAGGUUAAGAAGAACUCCAGGUUCUCUGAGGUCUACAUGGAAAGUGUCACGGAAGAACCUCUUUCUGAUUCCAAUUCCGCCGAGCUUAGGGUGGGUUUCACGGUGGUUCCGGGUUUCAAAAUAGGUAAGACGGUGAUUCAGAGCCAGGUUUACCUCUCUCUCCUGGGUUCUCCGGCCAGUUCCUAAUACGUAUUAAUUAAUUACUGUAUUAUUAUCCCAUGUCAUGCUAAUAUUAUGAGUAUAAUACUCAUAAUGAGUUGUCAAGUAUAUGUAUACCGUUACCGAGUGUUCAUUUUACAAUAAUGCUUAAAUAGAAUAAGGAGUAAAUGAAUACUUGACAACUCAUUUUCUGUAUUAUUACUUGAGGAUGGAUACCAAAGAACUAUGUAAUUAGGCAAUUUUGAAGUUGUUAUUGUAAAUUUGAUCUCAGAGUAGGGAUCUGUUAGACACUCGGUAUGGAAUUUAUAGUACUAUA